CAUGGAACUCCGUACCAUAUUAUGAUUCUGAGGGAUAUUCGCAAAACCUGGUGCUCAAGUGCGGUCUCGCUUCAAUGGAUCCUUGGUUUAUCUUCGUAUUUUCUCACGACUGAGACGGUAAAUUCCGUCCGUAUCUUCCCCUCGUAAGUCUCCCUGGAAAUCCCGAUUUAACAUCAAGGACACCGGAGGCGAACGAUAUCAGAUCCCCAUUCCGUCCCCUGGGAACAUUUUCCCCAAUAAAAACAAGACAGGCCCCCCCUGUGGAACCAGAAACCCUGCAAUCGACUUCAGAAGUGGAAGAAAACCGCAACAUCAUGAAAUCCGUUCUGUUUGCACUCCUGCUGAGCCUAGGAGGUAGCUGGGCUCAGAGGCAGCUUGCUUACAUCUACGAUCUACCCAACCAAAGCAACUUAGGAGCCUGGAGCGGUAGGACGGAAAGUUGUUCGGAUUUCAGGUACUGCGACACCUACAUCACGGACAAUAUGAUCUCUAGCACUCGCGUCACCGGCAUUUGGAUAUUCUACAGCGAAUACUUCUACAACUACCAGAACGAAGGAAGAGUAGAAUGGGUCUAUGGAGAUGGCUACAUGCAUAACUUGAAUAACGUCAACAACCAAGUCUCGUCUCUCAGGUUUGUCGGAAACCAAAACAACUGGAAAGCGAAUUCGAUCACGCUUUUCCAGUUCUAUUUUUUCCUUGGGCUCGCAUACUACGAUUGGACGGACAACACCCAAGUGCCAAGCGGGAUGUCCACGGUGGGGUCCCUCAUCAUCACGGGCCAAAAUUAUUGGACCGUCUACACGUCCACGAACUUCAGCGGGAACCGAGCUUGCAUCCGGGUCCAGCCCGGACAGUACGUGGGAUUCGCUCCGAAUCUGGACGAGUACGGCAUCUUUACGGUCAGGUCCUACCGGCGAGGGUGCUACGCCGACAAGAAGAUCACUCUCAACUCAGAUCAACACGGCUUCGCUGUCAAGACCUGGGAAUAAGUCGGCCACUCGCCUAUCACAACAUAAAUAAAGUUGUGGAGCCUUGUA